AUGGUCACUGUUAAAACUGGAGGAAGCUGGCGGAAUCACCCUACUGCAAAUCAUGAAUCUCAUAUAAGUGCUCUUCAAUACUAUAAUGAACUGUUGAAGAAUACGGAUGACAAGAACUUGAAAGGUGUCUGCUAUUAUAGUAUUUUACGUUUCUACAAACAUCAUUUACAUCCCGAUAAGUUUGGUAAAGAUAUUGUUGAUAGUCUGAAAUCAUGUUUGUCAACGUUUAAUGUCUUGGACCGACAUCUAUUAUCACAAUUGGCCAUCGAUUUCUUACAGGAAUAUGGUAAAAGCAGUGGAGAUCAUGUAGUUAGGGACAGCUGGCAAAUAUCUGCCAAGGGUUGUCUCAAUACUGAACAGAUUGAUGGCAAAGAGUCAUAUAUUGGUCUCUCUCUUCUCAACAUUGGUAAUCUGUCAGCUGCUGAAGCUUAUUGGCGCUCGAUUAUCAAACAAAUAGAGGAUACUUUGUCGAAUCGAGUAGUUGAGCUUGUACAUGAUUCUGACACGACGCUUCAAGAAAUUCUCCAUGCUAUGGGACAGUUUGAACACGACAACAUUUUAUUAUGCAGUCAUCUGACUACAGUCUACGAGAAAUUAGCUGACUAUUACAUGGAAACUGCUUUUAACGGACGAAAUAUAGACAAAUAUUUGUUGGCGAAAGCAGACGAUAUGUACACAAGAGCAAUUCAUCUAUUAGAAGGAUGCACUAACGAUAUCAGUCGUAUUCAGAACAUCAAGGCAAAGCAACAAAAAUCACAGGAAGUAGCAUAA